AUGACUUCGGAGGAGGAUCUCGCGUGGUUUAAAUCCACCUUUCGUCCUAUCCCGAAACCGGAGCUCCCUGAUGACGCUGUCGACUAUUCAAUUUAUCACAUCCCCUCCUCCCCCACCCCCACCGUUAUCGAUGAACCUGCCGAGACUCGUGCGCGAUUGCUUGAAGUGCAGCGCACAGCAGCAGAGUUGACCAAAGACUUACUGAAGGGUUACAUUUGGCAGCGCGAGGCUUUCCGAUUAGAAAUCUCAAAAGAAGAUGGAAUCACUUCGUUAAACGGCCGCACCAACUAUGGUGACUCAAUUGAAGACGAAUGGGUCAUUGUUUACUUUCUGCGCGAAUUGACCAAGCGUCAUAAAGAUAUCUGGGUUAAAGUGGUGGACAGCGAUGGCGAGUUUCUUCUCAUUGAAGCUGCAGGAACCCUUCCAGCAUGGAUAGAACCAGAUGUGGCAGACAACAGGGUGUGGAUUCAUCAAGGAGAGCUCCGAAUCAUCAAGCCCAAGCAGGAGACGAAGAGACAGGUCACCGAAAAAUUGUCGCUUUCGGAGGCGCGAGAUAUACUCCGAAAUGAACCCGGUCGCCUUCUUCGGUCGACCAUAAUUCAAGAAGAGGCAUUUUACCGUCUACGCAAUUAUCCUCAGCAGAUCAGCGAGAAUCUUCACUCCGCCAUCCUCACCAUUCCCCGCAAAGCCGCCUUCCUCCUACAUCAGAAGCCAGCCUAUAUCUCCCCUGCUGUGGAGGCAUUCUAUAUCCGUGAUCCGAUCGCUCUGCGACCACUACGAGCGAAGGAUGCCUCCAACCUUGUAUUCAAGCCAGAUGAUUUGGUCGACGUCAGUGUUCGAUUCACCCGGGUUGGAUAUGCACAGCUCAAAAGCCAGGAGUUUUCCCUACCAAGUACCUGGGCAGGCAAGCUCCCCUCGACUGAGGACCGAAAAGCAUAUGAUCGCGCGGAAGCAGGAAUGAAACUCGCGUGUGGGUUGGAGAUGCUGCUGUCCGACCCCCAGAAUCAAGAUAAGGCUGCAGUCCGAGAAAUGAAGCUCUUACUUGAGGAUGUGGAUACAGGGGAUGAAACACUGCCCACAGAUCAAGAGAUCAAGGACACUUGGGACAAACGAGAAGAUGAUGAAAAAUGGCUAGAUAUCAACUUUGAGGAUCUCGAGUCAGAGCUCAAAGGAAGGGGCCAAGGAAAGGGAGCAGACACUGGCAACUUUGGUGACUCUGGAGCACAGGAAAAUCUUCAACGGAUCGUGGCUCGCUUUGAGGAGUUCUUGAAUGACAACUCGGCAGGCUUCGAUGGUGCCGAUUUUAUCGACGACUUUGAGUCUGAUUCUGAUGUCGAUGAUGAUGAUGAUGAUGACGGAGAAGACGAUGACAGUGAAGGCGAGGAUAAGGACGCAUCAUUCAACGAAGAGGAGUUCUCCAGAAUGAUGAAAGAAAUGAUGGGCAUGCCAUCUUCAUCGGACUCCAUCCGCAAACGAGUGGAAGAGCUCGAUUCAGAUGGGGAAGACGACACGGAGCAGAUCAAGGAGCUGUCUAGGCGAAUGGAAGAAGAAUUGCAAGGGACGGGCGUGCUCGAUCUCAACCAACGUCAGCACAAAUUGUCCUCUGGCAACUCAAGUGCAUCCAAAGGAAAGGCUGCCAAGGUUUCUGAUGACUACGAUGAUGAGGAUGACAAUAUUAACAUCAACCUUGCUAAGAAUUUGCUGGAGAGUCUUCAGGGUCAAGCUGGAGUCUCCGGCCCAGCCGGCAAUAUGUUGUCAAUGAUGAACAUGCGCAUGCCCAAGGGUGAUCGACCUUGA